AUGAAUCUCUGGUCGGGGCCCAUUGAACUUGGUCCGGGUCACCAGUUGGAAGGGAUCCGCUUGGUUGACCCGACUUCCCACUGGCAAUGCGACAUAUCUAAAAACACCAAGCUUGGUCUUCGCAGCUUUGUCAAUCCUGCUUUGAUUCCUCUCCACGCACGAGCGGGCCCUAAUCUCGAGUUACACACUACCAAUACACAAACGUCUCAAUGGCUACAGCGCAAAUUGUCUGGGGCUAUCUGGUUAACCGAAGAUGAACUGGAUCUUCACCAAUCACUGCAGUGUCCUGUCGGCCUGCUGGUCAGUGUCGAUGGCACUUCAUCUAAACGGACUGGUGUCGCUACGUCCGACCUCUUAAUCUAUGGCGUGUUAUCCAACGCAACGUCAUGCACUCGACCACCCACUCCCCCACACUCGUCACCAAACGAUACCAACGGCCGUGUCAAUGCCUCGGCAGGCAAGCCAUAUCAAUUAAGAAUAUAUGCAGCGCCACUCUCAAUGUUGCAGCUCACUCAAGCACAAGCCUUCCCGUCUCCCCCGCCAAGUUCUGACGGAGAUCGCGUGCCCACACCAGCUGAGUUCCUUCCGGACAUCAGUUCACCAAGUCCUAAACGGAAGCGAGUGGCUACACUAUUCGAAGUCGCUGCACAGCAUCAUCGCCGUGUACGACAAAAAGGUGGCGAGGCGGUUUCACAGUUGAUGGCACCUUCACGACCCUUAUCGUCAUCACAGAAUCUCCAAUUACUCCGAGUCAAGCGCGAGCCCGAAGACGAGACACCAAGUCUUCCAACCCUUGAUCGACUGGUCAACGGAAGAUCACGUUCAGUAUCCAUUGGAGCCAAUAUGCAGCGCCCCGGAAGUACACGCAGUGCUCGCGCAACUCCAGGUAUAAGCGCAGAUCCUCAAAAGCGCGCACCGACACCAAACCCAUUUUUAGACUCCAAAUCUCGACGUGUAUCGCAGCAAAUGCAGCCACAGUCUUUGCCCCCGGUGUCUGCUGAAGAUAAAAUUCCCUCUGUUCCGGCGUCUCCACCUAAAAACCCGGAAUCCAUCAUCGCCGAAAACAAGAACCUUAUCACACGCACUAUUUUGACUUGCAUGCGACUUUAUGGAUUCCACCGCUCAAAUACGCGUCCUUCGGUUGGCAAGUCGGCUUCUGGGGCAAUUGAUCCAGAGCCUGAAACUUCGAAUGUAAUUCCAGCUGCUGAGGGGCUUCGCGCGGAGACCCCUGCUCCUGGUGCAUCAGUUGACGACGACGAGUUCAAGAAUAUGUACCAUGCGACCUACAAGGCGGCAGCUUUUGCACUUAGGAAAUAUUUGAAAGAUUCGGCCUUCAGUGGGGGUAACGCGCCGUUAUUGUUGGAGAAAGGAAAAGCCAUGACAUGCAUCGAUGACAUUCUUCGACUUUUCUGCGAGGAUUAUUGA